AUGUCACCAGACUCAGCACCAACAAGAUCAAACGUCGCCCUUAGAGGGUCCUCUCAAAUCGUUUCAGAAUUCUUUGAAUAUAGUAUAAAUUCAAUCUUAUAUCAACGAGGAAUUUAUCCACCUGAAGAUUUCCAAAUUGUGAAGAAAUAUGGUUUAAAUAUGUUAAUUACAAAUGAUGAAGAUAUCAAAGCAUAUGUUAGGAAAAUUAUGAAUCAAUUACAUCGAUGGGUUUCACAUGAUAAAAUUUCAAAAUUAAUCGUUGCUAUAAUAUCAAAAGAUUCAGGUGAUGUUGUUGAAAGAUGGCAAUUUGAUUUAGAAAUAUCAACACCAAAAGAAUCAGAGGAUAAGGGAACUUCAACAAUCCCAUUACAGAAAACUAAAGAAGAUAUACAAAAAGAGAUCCAGGCAAUUAUAAGACAAAUUACUGCAUCUGUUACAUUUUUACCAACUUUAGAAACUGGUGAUUAUACUUUUAAUGUAUUAGUUUAUGCUGAUGCAAAUGCAAAAGUUCCAAGUGAAUGGAUUGAUUCUGAUUCAAAAGAGAUUCAGAAUGGUGAAAAGGUUAAAUUUAAAAGUUUUAGUACAAAUAGUCAUAAAGUUGAUACUUUAGUUAGUUAUAAACUUAAUAAUGAAUAA